AUGGGCAUCUCUAACGGCGCCGUGAUUGUGAUCGCUAUUGUGGUUGCUGGCUUCGUCGUCAUCACCGGCGCUGUCAUCUUCAAGUUUCAGGCCGGACGAGGGGCCGCGGACGGCGAAGGGGACGGAGAAUACUACAACCAGAGAAGCAACGACCAAGAACACUACAUGAGAGAAGUCCGCGAGAGAAACAGGGCCUGGAACCAAUAUGAAGCGCGAUACGGCGACAGAUUCGGCACUACCAUGACCGGAGCACCCUCGACAAUAUCUGGAACGAACGUCUACUCCUCGCAUGUGUGA